CUGCCGUUGCUGCGACACGGGACGUCAACAUCAAUGGCGGACAAAGACAAACGCCGGCCCGGGCUUGCUCCCCCCGUGAUGCCCGAGGGCAAAGCCACCAAGUCGGACAGCGACAGGGAGUUUCUGUCGCAGGCGGGUGUGGGGGAGCUGCUCCGCGGCGCCAUCCUGAAGAUGGUGGAGGCCAGGUCGGACGAUCCCAUCGGCUUCCUCGCCGACCACUUCUGCAACCUCUCCUCCAUGGCGGAGAGCGGCUCGGCUGGAGGCUGCGACGCGGAGCCGCUGAGCAACGCGCCGCCGAGCGCAGGCGCCCAGGAGCAGCAGCAUCUCAACCGGGCGCUGUGGCACCUGCGGCUGGCGCAUCACUCCCAGAGAUCUGCCUUCAGCAACAACGUCCGCGUGGCCUACGACCUCCUAAACCUCACCGGGCCCAAAAGACAUCCAGGUGAGGCUCCUGAAGGCCCAGACGGCUCCUGCACCGAGAGCCCCACAGGAGGAGGAGGUGGUCAGGGAGGAGGAGGAGGGGUGAGAGGAGGCCUCUACUCCCAGACUCUGGAGUGUCUAUGCAGUGAAGGUGGCGUCCCUGCCUCCACCUCCGCUCCACUCCUCCGACGACUCCACUGCCAAGACCACGAGGCCGUCCCUUAUGACAUCUUCCGACACGGCGUGCUCACGUGUGCCGUCUUCUCGGACUACAUCCGGCAGGCCCAGAGGCUUUACGCUGAGGUGUGCUGCCCAGACAACGGGCCUGCCUCCCGGGCGCUGUGCCUGGCCGUGCUGGGGACCCUGAAGGAAGCUCUGGAGACAUCCCAGGGCUGUGAUGCAAACUGCUGUGUUAACGCCAACAACUCGUGUCUGGAGGCCAACGUGAAGGCCAUCCGCUACCUGAAGGCCAGCGCCAAUAUCUCUCCCUGCAAGCUCGCUCAGGCUAUGUCUGGAGCGCAGUUGCGGGGUCCAGGCGGCAACAUGGACGCUAAGGAGUUUGAGAAUGCAGCGGCUGAGCUCUUUAUCACUCGAGUCAAAGUUGUGUCCUAGGUCUCUUCUCUGUGUUCACAUAAGUUAUGGAUGUACAGCCAUGUUAUAGAGUAAAUCAUUAUCCUGUGUGCACCUACUACUGUCAUGACGAAAUAUGAGGAGAAUACAGGAUGAAGGAAAAUAGUAAGUCGUUUAUUCAAAAUGUACAGUAAUAUAAUCAACACCAGAACGAACUAAAGAUAUUAUGGGAUCAGUUAAGUCUGUAGUGAGGGUUCGUGUAUGCAUGAGUGUGGGAUGAGAAAGAUGUUGGAUGCAUGAACACAAAAUAACGUGCUGGGGAGAGUCCUGGCCAGAAGGACGGUUCUUCACAAAGGGAACAAAACAUACUGAGCGGAUUAGCAGAACACAAAGAUGGGCCAAAGGCUAAUGUCUCCAUAAGACCCACAGAUAUUACCUCCUCUCUGGAUAUCACUGUUUGUCUUGAGCUUAUUAAUGUCAACAACAUCUGCUGUGGCUACACAGGCAGCUGCUGUGCUGUGUGGAGGACAUGACGUACCUCGGUUAGACUAAAUAGAUUCAUUGAAUUCAGUAUUUGUCCCGACGGCUUCAACCUUUGUUCAGUGUUUUCCCUGAUAUGCUCAGUUAAGAGAGUAUGUACAUCUGCUGCAGUCCCGUACAACAGCCUUGUAUUAGAUUCUCUUUAAAGAUACAACAACAUUUCAAGGUUUUGUUGAGACUGUCAGUGAUGUUGAGUAAACUGGUCUGUGCUAUCUAAGCUUAUAUAACAUUUUGUUACAGAAACAGGAGCCAGUCUCGUGCUCUCCUUGGGGGUCGCGGGCGUCUCUGUCCCCCGCGACUCCCAAUAAAGUACAAGCGGUGUAGACGGUGGAUGGACAUGAUGAUGGACUAUUAUUUUUAUUUCAUUGUAUUUAUUUUCUGCCUCUGUUCUAUUUCAUUGCUUCUGUAUUGGCAGAUUCUGCAUUUGUGUAAUGUUUAAUAGAAGAACAGAUAUGUAUUUAGAAGAAGUAUGAACAGAUGUGGUUCUUGUGAGUUAACUUAAACUUUACGACUGUUGCUCAGGAGACUAUAAUGUUUAUGGCUUCCCCCACUGGGCAAAUGGUCACGGCAGGGGUCACUCAGUGUGGCUGAAUAGAUGGGUGAGGGGAUCUCUGUAUUGUAUACAGGACUGGGGUCUUUUGUCUUGUAAACGAAGAUAAGGGAUCUCGGAGACAGAUUGUCUCACACCAGAAGUCACACCAGGGGGCUGGGACAGAGAUGGAGACAGGAUGUCUGCUCAUCCUGGUCAGACAUCAAGUCACUGACCAAUACCCUUUGCUUCUCGCAGGGAGGGGCUUCUGAUUGUAUAAGUGAAGUAAUUCUCCUAUGCUCUGUGCCCAUUCCUGCACGUUACGCUAGGUAGUGUGUCUGGGGUGGGUCCACCUGCAGGUGUUAGAAUUGAACUUACCGAGAGACAAUGUAUAAUUGUGUAUGAUUAAACAGAAAUUGCCACCACACUUCUCACCAGGACCUCUGUACUUAGUUUCAUGUACCUCAUGUUUUGCAAUGAAAAUAAAUCUUGAAUCUUGAAA